AUGUCUGGAGUGGUGUUUGGCGUGGGCACAGGAGUGUUCCUCAUUGCCCUGGUAUGGAUUGUGGUUUUAGUAUUUAGCAUUGUUCUGUCCAGGGCAUCUGGACCAACAAGGUUAGCUAUAAUCCCUGUUUUUUUGCUGGGUCUGGUUGUCACUUUGGUACUUGUAUUCUUCCCACGUGCCCCUGAAGUCCCAUCUCCUCUUAAGGACAUAGAGAUUGUGGACACUUUCUUCAUUGGCCGCUAUGUGCUGUUAUCCCUGGUGAGUGUGGUGUUCCUGGCAGCUUUGUUCAUGCUGCUGCCUUUGCACCUCCUGGAGCCUGUUUAUGCCAAACCCCUGAGAACCACACACUAG